AGUUGAUCAUUGUAAUUUGAAUAGCAACAAGUUCCAAGCCCAGUUAUCUGCCCUUGUUAUACUCGUAUGCCAUAUAUUGUGUCCUAUGUAGAUAUUCUAGGGUUGCCGGCAUUAUCAAGGCUCCGUUAUGUGGCCCGCUAACUGCGGAAAGAGAUCAACUUACGCGCUGUGCCCUCUCACAUAAUAAAUCACAGGAAAUCUCGAAACCAACUCUUCAAAGUCGUAUUGCAAAGUGAUAGAUAAACAGUUUUCGCGAUUACUUCUGCUCAACUGUAAACGGUGCCAGUUAAUUGUAUAUAGGUCAAUGACGUAGCGACUUCGUCAUAGGAGACCGACCAAUGCCAACUUAGGAGGCAAAACACGUAAGGAACAGAGCGAUUCAGAGACCUUUCGAACAAGAAAGUAAAGAUACACAUCAGAAUAGAUAAAAACAAUUCCAAUUCGAGUUCUAAACACCCAAUCACUAACCACACCCGCGCGAACCACAGAGUGAAAAUCAAAAAUGCCACCCCUCCCCGGCGGCUGCUACUGCGGCGCAAUCCGGUACACCAUCACGCUCUCGGACCCGUCGUCGCAAGCGCGCACGAGCCUCUGCCACUGCGGGAACUGCAAGCGGUUCACGGGCGGCAACUACGGGAUAACGACCAAGGUCCCGCGGUCCUCGUUUUCCGUGGACCGGGGCCGGGACAGCGUCCGCGUGCACGAGGCCGACAACGGCAGCGGCGUCACGCUGCAUCGCGAGUUCUGCGGGACGUGCGGGGGCAGCUUGUUGGAGUACGGGGCAAACGCCGGCGACAACAUCUACGUCUUCUACGGGACAAUGGACGACCACGCGCGCGGCCAAGUCGCGCCGAAGGGCGAGUUCUUCUGCAAGAUGCGGGAUCCAUGGAUGCCUUCGAUUGAAGGACUAUUCCACAAGCAAGAGAUCAAGAAUUAAAUCUCUAAACUACCAAUUUGUACCCUGGUUUUAUGUAUGCAUGGUAUGGUAUGGUAUGGUAUGGUAUGGUAUGGGAGCAAGCGAGUGAGCGAGGUAGGAAUUCGAAGCUGAAUUUUAAUGGAAGGCG